GAGAGCGUGCGAGUCCACGGGGCGGGCCGCGCGCGCGGGGAGUGUUUUAGUCCGGACCCCGGCUCAUUGUGCUCGCCUCACGCCGGCCCGAGUUCGCAGCAGCGCUGGAGGCCCCGGGCCUGUGACCACAAAGAGGGAGCCGGGGGCCGGGCGGGAGCGCGGCGGCGGCAGCUGAGGCCCAGGCCAGGCCCCCUCCCCUCAGCCUCCCGCCUGCCCGUCUGCCCCGCCCCCGCCGGCGGCGCCGCGGCCCUCCUCCAACCGCCCGAGUAGCGCGGUGCGGGGGCCGCGCGCGAAGACAUGGGGGAGAAGCUGGAGCUGAGGCUGGAGUCGCUGUUGGGGACCGAGCCCGCCGUCUACCCGUGGCAGCUGCCGGUCUAUAUGGGGAAGUGCCUUAAGUCCCCCACUUCGGAUGACAUCUCCCUGCCUCACAAGUCUCAGUCCGGCUGGGCUAGCUUUGGCAAAGGGACGGAGCUGGAUCAGGAGCCGCUGCUGCCAUAUCUGGAUCAAGUUCCAGUUUUGGUCUAUCAUCCAACACCUAGCCAGACUCGCCUAGCAACACCUGAGAGGAACAAAAUAGGAUAGCUCAAAAGAAUAGGCCUCAUACAGCAUCAGCCUAAAGGAGUUUAUGACCCUGGAAGAAACGGAUCAGAAAAAAGAAUCCGGGGGGCUUCCCUGGUGGUGCACUGGCUAAAGUCUCCGCACUCCCAAUGCAGGGGGCCCGGGUUCGUUCCCUGGUCAUGGAACUAGAUCCCACACGCAUGCCGCAACUAAGAGUUUGCAUGCCAUAACUAAGGAGCCCACCGCCUGCAACUAAGACCCAGCGCAACCAAAAAAAAAAAAAUCAAUCAAUAAAAUAAAACAAAUAUUAUAAAAAAAGAUCCAGGAGUGUGUGAUCUGUAUGAUGGACUUUGUUUAUGAGAACACAAUUUGAUUUCUGCUGUGUAUGCAGGUCACCUGGGUUGUACAGAUGACUGGCUGAUGAGAUCCUUCACAUGCCCCUCCUGCAUGGAGACAGUUGAUGCAGCACUGCUUUUGUCCUACGAGACUAACUGAGCCAGUGUCUCUCACCUGACUUCAAGAGAACCAUCAUUUUUGGUGGUUUUGAUCUUUUGUCGUUGAGCCCAAAGAGCGGGGGAUUAGGAAUUAAGAUCAUGCAUGAAAGUUUCCUAAAAAUUCCUGAACGGCUUCAGAUGUUGGGGAAAAGUAUGUGAUAUUUUAGAAAUUCAGGAGGAAAAGUAGGAUGCUAUUUUUAUGUAAAGCCUUCGCCCAGUGUUUAAAAAU